AUGCACUGCAUGUUGCUGUUCGCCCAAGACAUUUUUCUCUGCAUCCUGCCUAAGAGCAGCAAUGCCGACGUAUACAGUGACCGUUGCCACAGGAGAUCAACGCUUUGCAGGGACCGAUAACUACAUCUACAUAACACUGGUGGCCAAUGAGACAUGCAGCCAGAGGACUCUGCUGGAAAAACCUGAAUACAAUGACUUUGAGAGGGGCACGGUGCAGUCCUACUCAGUGGAUGUGCAGGAGAACCUGGGUGAGCUUGUUUUGGUGAAACUAGAGAAGAGGAAGUACUUUGUGCAGGAUGAGUGGUACUGCAAGUAUGUCUCAGUGAAGACCCCAGGUGGAGACAUUGUUGAGUUUCCCUGCUACCGCUGGCUGAUAGAUGACAAUGAGGUGGUGCUUCGGGAUGGGCGAGCUCACCUGCCUCAGGAUGAUGAGACAAGUCUGGUCAAGGAGCACAGGCAAAAUGAGCUGGAAGUGAGGCGCCAAUUCUAUAGGUAUUCUCUUCUUGAUUCCCGAGGCACGCUGCGUCUGCUCUCUAACAAUCUUCAUGUAACUCGCAGAUGGAGUGUGUGGCAGCCCGGCUUUCCUAUGAGCAUAGAUGCAAACAAAUAUAAAGAUUUACCUCGGGAUGUCCAGUUUGAGAGUGAGAAAAAAAUGGAUUUUGCAUGGAACUAUGCAACAGCAAUGAAGAACCUGUAUGUAAACAAGUUCAUGAACCUGUUCCAGUCCUCCUGGAGCAACUUGGCUGAUAUUGAGGAUAUCUUUUGCACAAUCAAAAACCCAACUUCAGAGUAUGUGAUGCAACACUGGAUGGAUGAUUCCAUCGUUGGUUACCAAUUCCUGAAUGGUUGCAAUCCUGUGAUGAUCCAAAAGUGCACCAAACUUCCUGACAAGUUUCCUGUCACCAACGAGAUGGUUGCUGCCAGCCUUGAGAGGAAAUUGACAUUGGAACAGGAAGUAAAGGCAGGCAACAUCUACAUUGUGGACUAUGAAGUGCUAGAAGGCAUCAAACCAAACUGUACAGAUCCAUGCACCCAGCAGUACCUGGCCGCUCCCAUUUGUCUUCUAUACAAGAACACAAAUAACAACAUCCUGCCGAUAGCCAUACAGUUGGGCCAGACUCCAGGCGAGGACAACCCCAUCUUCUUGCCCACAGAUGGGGAGUACGACUGGCUGCUGGCAAAGAUGUGGGUUCGCUCCACAGACUUCCAGCACCACCAGACUGUCACACACCUGCUUCGAACACAUCUGACCUCAGAGAUGUUUGCCAUCGCCAUGUUCAGGCAGCUCCCUGCAGUCCACCCUGUGUUUAAGUUACUCAUUCCACACGUCCGUUUCACCAUUGCUAUUAACACCAAGGCGAGAGACGACCUCAUCUGUGAGCAUGGUCUCUUUGAUAAGGCAAACGCCAUCGGCGGAGGAGGUCAUGUGCAGCUCGUUCAGAAAGUUGCAAAGACUCUGACCUUCAGGUCUCUCUGCUUCACUGAUAUGAUCAAAGAUCGGGGAGUGGACAACAAGCAGGACCUGCCCACCUACUUCUACAGAGAUGACGGCAACAAGGUGUGGGAGGCCACUAAGGGUUUUGUCUCCGAUGUGGUCAAUAUUUACUACACUAGUGAUGAGAGGGUUCAGGGAGAUCAGGAAAUCCAAGCCUUUGUUCAAGAUGUGUGCGACUUUGGUAUGAAGAACUUCAGUCAAUGUGAAUUCCCCAGGUCCCUAAAAUCCUGCACGGAGUUGAUCGAAUACUUGACUGUUAUCGUGUUCACUGCUUCAGCGCAACAUGCGGCGGUCAACUUUGGACAAUACAACUGGUAUUCCUGGAUUCCCAACGCACCAUCAACCAUGCGAAAGCCCCCACCCAACCGGAAGGGUUCGGCCAAUAUGACCCUGAUCAUGGACACCCUCCCUGACAGAGGACGCUCCAGCUGGCACCUGGGGGCCGUCUGGGCCCUCAGCCAGUUCCAGGAGAACGAGCUCUACUUAGGAACGUACCCUGACAAGCACUUCAUAGAGAAGCCGGUGAAGGUGGCUAUGGAGAAGUUCAGGAAGAAUCUGGCAGACAUCAGCAGCGCCAUCAAGAGGAGGAACAAGAAGGAGAAGCUGCCUUACGACCUCCUGAACCCGAACAAAAUACCAAACAGUGUCGCUAUUUGAAGACUUUGCUCCAAAGUCGCCACUAACCUGCCUUUUUUUCAUUCCAUUGUUCUAAACUCAUCGGGAGGCUUGACCUAGCCCCAGCACAGCAAAGUGACUAGUGCUUGGCGAGUCUCAUGGCAGAAUUACAAUUUACAUAUAAAUAACCUAUUUAUGAUGUAGGCCAGACAAAAGUAGCUUAGCCACCAUGGAUGUCAAUGUUUGGGGGAGCCAGGCUUAAUAAAGCCGGGCUUUAUUUAAGUGUCAAAAUAUAGACAUUCUUAAAGGCGACCUAUUAGGCUAAUUUUUUGUCCCUUUGUAUUGAGUUGUGGACUCGAUAGAGCAGCUUCACACAAUAACCAGCACAGAAAGCUUUCUAGAUCUUCCAGAAUCUGCACCUAUUCCAGCUUUAUUUCUUUGGAUUUCGUGGUGCCUGUGAAGAUGGUCUGUUUUAAUGUAUUCUACCCACAACCCAUCUCCAGGCAAGCCCACUCCGCUGUAGUUGGUCACACUCCAGAGUGCUCCAGAGGACUUGUUACGCCGCUAGCUGCGAACCCAACUUUAUUGGAGUCGAUAAUAAACAACGCUUUAUCUUUUUAAAAUGUCAGCUUUUAACAUACAACCAUAUGUGUUGGAUCCCGAAUACGACCUGGAAGUAGAGACUGGACAGUUUGAAGUUUCUCAAGAAAAGAGGUUACUUCUCUGAAUGGUAAGUAGCUUUAGCAUUUUAGCGUUUAGCGUUUUUUUACAUGUUUUUUGUGGGAUGACUCUGGUAAAGCCACUAAUUGUGCUGGGAAAAGGCAAGCCCACGUCCUCUAUGCUAUAAUGCUACACAUAUAAAUGUUUUUGCUCCAUGACUUACACAAAAUAAACACAGUUGGGACACGAUAAACUUAUUUACUGCUUGCCCUUCUGAGUCUUCCACACAGCCAAGUAACGUUGGAAAGGCUUUGGGCUUCAGCAAGUUUGUCGGCUAGUCCAGCUGCAUACUGACCCAUGUUCACGAAACAGUCCAGUGUGAAAUGGCGUUUUCUUUUGCUGGUAGGGAAUCAGGAACUGAUGGUGGCAUCUUUAGGAAUUGUAAACAAAUGAGGCUUUCCCUUUAUGAACCAUUGAUAGCAACGUAAAUACAGAAGCAGAGCUUGGGGGAGGGCAGAGAGCUUAUCUGGCUUACAGCCACGCCCAUAUAAGGAAGUCUGCUCCUCUGUGACAUCACAAAGGGGCAGUUUUACCACACCUUUUGAAACGGAGUGUUUUGAGCCAUCCCAAAUUUCUUUCAGGGCUCACUUCCAAAUGGGCAAACCUCAUUAUAUAAAACUUUGGCAUCGGGUAACACGACAAUACAACAUUCUAACUACAUUUAUAGGUCAGAAAAGUUUAAACUGUCAAAAUGUAGACAUUUUUAAGGUGUUUAUUUGCUAUUGGUGGAUAGUCACGGAAAAUCACUAUUUUGUGCAAAACAAUAAAACUGCAAAGGUUGUAAAAGCAUGUUGACUUUUAUUUG